AUGGAAGAUUACUCGCAAGAUGUCAUAGUAUCAACUGAGAAAGGCUACUUAGUGCGGAUAAUAAUCAAAAUUAGUUAUUUAUCCGGUCCACCCCAGCCUGAAUUUCCGGACAAUUGUAAAUUUAAAUGGUUAGCCUGGCGAUUGGGUUCACGGCCUAAAGAUUAUAUAUUGCUGGAUAACCAUAAGGGCAAGGAAGAAUUUUUUACUUGGGUUUCAUUAUCAGAAACGAAAAAAUUGUUUUUUUUCAUGGCUUACCAGAAGUUUGUAAGUAAAAUGUUUGACGAAAUGGAACAAGCAGUUAAAACUAAAACUAGGAGUAUUCAGCCCAAAAAUGUGGUUAUUACUAACAAUGUAGAGGUUAUUUAUCAGGCCUUAAAUAAACCUCGCUUAGAUUUAUACUCUUAUUUAGUAGCCAAGCAACCUAAUUCAGUGGCUGAAUUAUCUAAUUUACUAAAAAGGGAACCAGCCGAAGUAGUAGAGGACCUUAAUAUGCUAGUUGAUUUAGGAAUAGUUCGGUUGACAGCAGAAUCUAAACCAAUUGCUCUUUAUGAAAAAGUGGUGAUUGAAUUUCCGGCCCUGAUUGGUAAGGAACCAGUAGACAGGCAGCCGGUGGCAGUG